AUGUCCGGCUCACUGGGUGAGAAGAUGCUCUACACCUCAGGCGGACGGGGAUCGAUGCGAUAUUUCUUCCUUCAUGGCAAUCACGGUGCUCCAUCUCUCCCAGAAACAUUGAUCGUUGAAGCAAGCGUCGUCGUUUUUGAUCCCCACGGGAACGUAGAAUCAAAAAGGUUAUACGGGAAAGAGUCUGUGGAUUCCCCGAAGAAAUAUCAUUUCGAAAAUGGAAAAAUCACUCAUGUGGAGGGUGAAGAAUCUGCUUCUAUUCCCGUCCGACAGUUGACGGAGACUCUUCUAAAGAACGUUUCUGUCCCGACUUUGAUCGUGGUAGAGCUCACGAGUGCUCAAUCCGAUAUAUACUGUCCAGAUGCAUAUCAAAUCCUGUUCUUUUCUAGAGCGCUUUCAGUCCUGGAGAGAAGUGACCGUCAUUCUAGUCUCGAUGAUAGAAACUACAUCAUGACUAUGAUGCCGGUCUUUGUACCCUGCUUCGUUCGAGCAAUCUCUCUCAUAAGCGCCGGAUACCUUCCGGGCAACGUCAGAGAUCUCGCCCGAGAAGUGGCCGCUUACAUGGAAAGCAUCGAUAGCGCGCAUGAGUUUAAUAAGUUUCUCGAGCUCUAUCGCCAGCGGUACAUUCGGAAGCCAGUCGAAUAUAAUAGUCAGGUCCUUGAGACGUGUCUGCUUUAUAUGCUCAAGAUGCCUUUCGACUUGGCGUCUUCUAUUGACUAUAGGUUAAUUCGCUAUUAG